GCUCAGGCGCGGAUCAUUUCCUUCCGUGCUCAACGGCUCGUCUAUCCCAAAGCCAAAAACAACUCUGGGAAGUGGGAAGGAAGGAGACCAGCCAUUAUUCUUCAGAAGCCAGAAUUCUCCGCAGGAAAACGAAAAAUGAUCUGAAUUCCUCCUCGAUCGUACUACAGAAAAGCCUCCGUCGUCCGAUGCCGACGGACUUGCUUUCUGAUCGGAUUUUUUUCGUUGCAUGAUGACGGCGAUUAGGUUUUGAGUGGUGGCUAUGGAGACCUCCGUUGCAGCUGGAUCUCUGAUUUUGAUUUCUUGCUCUCCGUUGUUGAAUUGACGUGGUUUACGCUUCUGUGUGGUGGCAUUUUGUUGCAGCAAGCCUGUCCACAAGUGAAGAACAUCCUGGUGUUGGAUUCCGAAGGCAAACGCGUCGCCGUGAAGUACUACUCCGACGAGGAUUGGCCGACGAAUGGCGCCAAAGAAGCCUUCGAGAAGACAGUCUUCUCCAAAACUCACAAAACAAAUAAUGCCCGUGCUGAAGUUGAAGUUACGAUGAUCGGAAGCUACGUGAUCGUGUACAAGUUCGUCGACGAUCUCCAUUUCUUCGUUACAGGAGAUGAAGAUCAGAACGAGGUGAUCUUGGCCUCAGUUCUUCAGGGGUUCUUCGAAGCUGUCGGCAUUCUGCUCAGAGGCAAUGUGGAGAAGAGGGAGGCGCUUGAGAAUCUGGAUCUCAUCCUUCUGUGCUUGGAUGAAACUAUCGAUGGCGGUGUUCCUCUGGAAACAGAUCCAGCUGUUCUUGCUAGCAAGGUAGCUAGUCAUAGCAUGGAUUCGGGAGCUCCAUUGUCCGAGCAGACAUUGGCUCAAGCGCUGGCCACAGCUCGGGAACACAUCACGAAAUCCCUUCUUAAAUGAUGAAGAUCCUCGACUUUGUAUAACGCGCAGUUCCUGUCUCUCUUCUUAUACAUAAUAUGAUGGAUUGAACUUCGGUUUGUAAUCUGAAUGCUCUGGACUCCCCAGCUAGCAUAGGAACAUGUUUCUUGGAGCAACAUUUGCCCCUUCGUGGCAGGAACGACGUACCCAUAGGACCAGCUUAGCAUAUGUAAUGCCAAAGUUUCCUGAAGGGGUGUAAUCCUUUGAGUGGUUCGCAUUAUCGAGUAGUCUCAUCGAUUUAUGGAAAACGAAAGGGACGUAGGGACGUAGCCAUUGCCAUACUGCACUCGACACUGUUGCCUAGAAGCUCAUGACUACUUCAGAAUCACAACAUUAAUGGCGAAGCGAAUCUUCCUUCGAGAGCGAAAGUGCAGUACCAUAUUGGUGAAGAAGGGUAUACCAAACAGACCCUUUCCACAACAAGGCCCGGAAGAGAUUCAUGAAGAUUAACGAUAGCAUUCAUUGCAUGCUUGUCAUGAAAGUAAAGAUUUUGUUGCGU